AUGCCUUCUGCUGACCCCCAGAGCAGUGGUUACAGCCACACAGAUGGCCAAUACAUCAAUGGUCACAGCUCAGCCAAGUCCAGCACAUCUAAGACACCACCUACCUCCUCAGUCCCUCAAAGGUUUCUCUCUCGUCCAUCAGAAUUAGGCAUAACCCUUGUUGGAUUCAGUGGUGGUCAAUGUCGUCCAGGCACAGAAUCUGGUCCCGCAGUUCUUACAGAAGCUGGUCUGCUCACGCAGUUGUCCGAGGAGCUUGGCUACACUCUUCACGGCGAUGAACAAGUGCGGAAUUUCGACGAAUAUCAGCCUACUGUCACCGGUCGAGAUGCAACUGUCAGCAACUCGACUCCAAAAUUCGACGACCCUGAUGUCAGAGGAAUGAAGAAUCCGCGCAGUGUCAGUGCCGUUACCGAGCAGAUCUCGGAACUUGUUUACCAGCAAGCACGACAAGGCCGACUAGCACUUACUCUAGGCGGAGACCACAGCAUCGCAAUUGGAACCGUGAGCGGUGUUGCUCGUGCUGUACGGGAACGGUGUGCAGCUGAUGGAACUCUUCCUGAAUCCACAACCCCUGAAAUUGCAGUAAUCUGGGUAGACGCUCAUGCCGACAUCAACACUCCAGAAACAAGUGACAGCGGCAACAUUCAUGGUAUGCCUGUCUCCUUCCUCACUGGCCUUGCCACCUCUUCUGAAAAAGGUGUUUUCGACUGGUUGAGAUCAGAGCAUAUUCUCAACCUCAACAAACUCGUCUACAUCGGUCUCCGGGACGUCGAUGCUGGCGAGAAGAAAAUACUUAGAGACAAUAAGAUCAAGGCAUUCAGCAUGCACGAUAUUGACAGAUAUGGAAUCGGCAAGGUGAUGGACAUGGCACUUGAAUAUAUUGGCUCAGAAACACCGAUACACCUGUCUUUCGACGUUGAUGCACUGGAUCCGAUGUGGGCGCCCAGCACGGGAACGCCUGUAAGAGGUGGUCUAACGCUGAGGGAGGGUGAUUUUAUUUGCGAGGCUGUUGCGGAAUCGGGUCAAUGUGUGGGUGUCGACCUUGUUGAGGUCAAUCCACGCUUGGUAGAGGGAGGAGUUAGUGAUACUGUUAGAGCCGGUGUCAGUCUCGUCAGGUGUGCAUUGGGCGAUACACUGCUCUGA